CCAUGAAGACAUUAAUGUAUCCAUGUCAUUCAUGGCUGUAUGCCCAGUGCCCUUCCAAUGCCCCGUCAAGUCCCAAUAAUAGUUGCUGACUGGGUGAGUGAAACACAGAUCUUCCUAGUUAAGGAUUCAGUUUCAAUGUGAAGGAUUCAGUUUCAAUAUGCAACUAUAACCUAAAAGCUAAUAAUCUAUCAUAUUUGUGCUUGCCUUAAACACUUUGACCUUUAUUUUCCAUCUUACAAAGCGUUUUUGGUAUACACAAUACUGCCCUCUUCCUCUUUUCCCUCUUCUCAGUGAUGUGUCACCAGUGAUUUUUUUUUUUAUUGGGUGAGGCGCAGGUAAUCUCCUUGUUUAUAACUCUGACCUUUCUGUGAGCAAACACGCAAAGUGAACUUUGGUUUAUCUCCUACUGUAAUGUAGCUGCUAAUUGCCGACAGGGAGGCUGUAUUCUGUGGUCCACGUGACCGGUGGGGUGACCAGAAAGGAGCGUGGGGAAGAGUAGACCACGGGACUCAGUGACAGGCUGUUCAGUUGGAGUUCCUGCUUCCCUGAAAGGCCCAGAGUAAAGCAAGGAGUAUGGUGCUGAGGUGAGGGAGGUCAUGAAGACGCCACUGUUGGCCUUGGCUUUGUGGUCACUGCUCCUCCGACCAGGGCUUUUGUUCUGGGACUCCCAAGUGAGUCAGAACUGCCACAAUGGCAGCUACGAGAUCAGUGUGCUGAUGACAAACAACUCGGCCUUCCCAGAGUCCCAGGUUAACUUGAGAGAUGUGGUGAACGCGGGAAUGGAAAUAGUGAGACAGCGUCUGCUUGAAGCUGGCCUAAAUGUGACCGUGAAUGCCAGCUUUAUCAAUUCGGAAAGUAUGAUUUAUAAGUCCAGUGACUGCCGGAGUAGCACCUGUGAAGGCCUCGACCUACUCAGGACGAUUUCAAGGACCAAACAGAUGGGAUGUGUCCUCAUGGGGCCCACGUGUACCUAUUCCACCUUCCAGAUGUACCUUGACACAGAUUUGAAGUAUCCCAUGAUUUCAGCUGGAAGUUUUGGAUUGUCGUGUGACUACAAAGAAACUUUAACCAGGCUGAUGUCUCCAGCUAGGAAGUUGACAUACUUCUUGGUUGACUUUUGGAAGGUCAAUUAUUUUCCAUUCAAAACUUUUUCCUGGAACACUGCCUAUGUUUUCAAGAAUGGUACCGAGUCUGAGGACUGUUUCUGGUACCUCAAUGCUCUGGAGGCUGGAGUUUCCUAUUUUUCUCAGAAACUUAUCUUCAAGGAGACGCUGAGAAGGGAUGACGAGUUUCAGCGUAUCUUAAUGGACCGGAACAGGAAAAGCAAUGUGAUUGUUAUGUGUGGUACACCAAACACCAUCAACAUCCUCAAGGGUGACCGAGCAGUGGCUGAAGACACUGUCAUUAUUCUAGUGGAUUUAUUCAAUGACCACUACUUCAUGGACAAUGUUACAGCCCCCGACUAUAUGAAAAAUGUUCUUGUUCUGACACUGCCUCCUGAAAAUUCUGUCUCAAAUAGCUCUUUCUCCAAGAAUGUAUCACUGACAAAUGAUUUUGCUGCUGCCUACCUUGAUGGAGUCUUGCUCUUUGGACACAUGUUGAAGAUAUUUCUUGAAAAUGGAGAAGAAGUUACCACCCCUAAAUUUGCUCAUGCUUUCAGGAACAUCACUUUUGAAGGGCGUGUGGGUCCAGUGACUUUGGAUGACUGUGGGGAUAUUGACAAUACUAUGCUCCUUCUGUACACCUCUGUGGACACCAACAAAUACAAGGUUCUUUUGACCUAUGACACCCACAUAAACCAGACUAACCCAGUGGAUAAGAGCCCCACAUUCAUCUGGAAGAACCACAAACUUCCUAAUGAUAUUCCAGGCCAGGGCCCUCAAAUGCUGAUGGUCGCCGUCUUCACUCUCACGGGGGCCGUGGCCCUGCUCCUGCUCGGCGCCCUCCUGGUGCUCAGAAAAUAUAAGAGAGACCAUGCACUUCGUCAGAAAAAGUGGUUCCACAUUCCUCCUGAAAAUAUCUUUCCCCUGGAGUCCAAUGAGACCAACCAUGUCAGCCUAAAGAUCGAUGACGACAAGAGACGUGAUACAAUCCAGAGACUACGCCAGUGCAAGUACGACAAAAAGCGAGUGAUUCUAAAGGAUCUCAAGCACAACGAUGGCAAUUUCACCGAGAAGCAGAAGAUAGAAUUGAACAAGUUGCUUCAGAUUGACUAUUACAACCUAACCAAGUUCUACGGCACGGUGAAGCUUGAUUCCAUGAUCUUUGGGGUGAUUGAGUACUGCGAGAGAGGAUCCCUCCGGGAAGUUUUAAAUGACACAAUUUCCUAUCCUGAUGGUACAUUCAUGGAUUGGGAGUUUAAGAUCUCUGUCCUGUAUGACAUUGCUAAGGGGAUGUCAUAUCUGCAUUCCAGUAAGACAGAAGUCCACGGCCGUCUGAAAUCCACCAACUGCGUGGUGGAUAGUAGGAUGGUGGUGAAGAUAACUGACUUUGGCUGCAAUUCCAUUUUACCUCCAAGAAAAGACCUGUGGACUGCCCCGGAACACCUGCGCCAAGCCAACAUCUCGCAGAAAGGAGACGUGUACAGCUAUGGGAUCAUCGCCCAGGAGAUCAUCCUGCGGAGAGAAACCUUCUACACGCUCAGCUGUCGGGACCAGAAGGAGAAGAUUUUCAGAGUGGAGUAUUCCGACGGAGUGAAACCCUUCCGCCCUGAUCUGUUCCUGGAAACAGCAGAGGAAAAAGAGCUGGAAGUCUAUCUGCUUGUCAAAAACUGCUGGGAGGAAGAUCCAGAAAAGAGGCCAGACUUCAAGAAAAUCGAGAAUACACUGGCCAAGAUAUUUGGCCUUUUCCAUGACCAAAAAAAUGAAACUUACAUGGAUACCUUGAUCCGACGUCUGCAGCUGUAUUCCCGAAACCUGGAACAUCUGGUGGAAGAAAGGACACAGCUGUACAAGGCAGAGAGGGACAGGGCGGACAGGCUUAAUUUCAUGUUGCUCCCAAGGCUGGUGGUCAAGUCUCUGAAGGAGAAAGGCAUAGUGGAGCCUGAACUAUACGAGGAAGUUACAAUCUACUUCAGUGACAUUGUGGGGUUCACCACCAUCUGCAAGUAUAGCACCCCCAUGGAAGUGGUGGACAUGCUCAACGACAUCUAUAAGAAUUUUGACCACAUUCUCGAUCACCACGACGUGUACAAGGUGGAAACCAUUGGUGAUGCCUACAUGGUGGCUAGUGGUUUGCCUAAGAGAAAUGGCAACCGGCAUGCAAUUGACAUCGCCAAGAUGGCUUUGGACAUCCUCAGCUUCAUGGGGACCUUUGAGCUAGAGCAUCUUCCCGGCCUCCCAAUAUGGAUUCGCAUUGGAAUUCACUCUGGUCCCUGUGCUGCUGGAGUUGUGGGCAUCAAGAUGCCCCGUUAUUGCCUGUUCGGAGAUACAGUCAACACAGCCUCGCGGAUGGAAUCCACUGGCCUCCCCUUGAGAAUUCAUGUGAGUGGCUCCACAAUAUCCAUCCUGAAGAGAACGGAGUGCCAGUUCCUGUAUGAAGUGAGAGGAGAAACGUACUUAAAGGGAAGAGGAACUGAGACCACCUACUGGCUGACCGGGGGGAAGGACCAGGAGUACAACCUGCCAACCCCUCCAACCGCGGAAAACCAACAGCGAUUGCAAGCCGAGUUUGUAGACAUGAUCGCCAGCUCUUUACAGAAAAGACAGGCCUCAGGGAUAAGGAACAGAAAACCAACCCGGGUAGCCAGCUACAAGAAGGGCACCCUGGAAUACUUGCAGCUGAACACGACAGACAAGGAGAGCACCCAUUUUUAAACCUCAGUGAAGUCUAAGGGCUCGGGCAAACUAAGCCCAGCUGCACUUGGGCAGGUGUCCUGAAGCUUCCAUUUCCCUGACAGCUCAGUGGAACGGAAGAAGACUUAGAUGCAACCUCUUCAGCCUCGGCUGCCCUGUCUGGAACACAGACUUGCUUCUGUGAAUCAGAUGUAUGCCCUCAGUGCGAUAAUUACCUUUUAUUCUGGGGCCCAAUCUCAACAGUUACCCCAGGGAGCUUUGACCUGGGAAAGAAGAGGAAUGAAUGUACCAUCUCGAAGUUGAGGAGAUUUUGUUCUUAUUUCGCCUAUUUUUGUUUUGUUUUGUUUACUGGCUCUUUUUCCUUCUGUAUUCGUGAUAGGAUUCUUUUUUUAAUUGUUGCAAUUAUAUUUUAAGUACUUUGUCUCCAUUAAAUUAUAUUUAACUCAUAAUUUUUGCAGAAAAUAUGCAGUAUAUGAGGUAGGAAUAAAAGUUAAGUGUUUCCUGGG